AUGACGGGAAGCAACCUCGCAAAACUCGGGCGAGCCGCGCACCGCGCCCUACAGAGCCGCAGCGCCGUAGCAGCCCACCAUGCCGUGCGACCCCUGAGCGCCAGCCGAGCUCUCCCCCUUCCGCAGCACGCCGCCGCCGCCGUGCCGAAGCUCCCGCGUGCGACCUUCUUCUCGACCAGCGCCGGGCUCGCGAAGCCGCUGCCCCCGGACGUCCUGAAGACGGCCAAGCCCGCCGAGCUCACCGACAGCCAGUACCACCAGCUGGCCGACGAGUACAUCGAGGGCAUCCUGGCCAAGUACGAGGAGGAGCAGGACGCCAAGGGCGAGAUCGACGUCGAGUACAGCUCCGGCGUCAUGACGAUCAAGUACCCGCACGGCGACUACGUAAUCAACAAGCAGCCGCCCAACCGGCAGAUCUGGCUGUCGUCGCCGCUGUCGGGCCCCAAGCGCUACGACUGGGUCGUCACGAGCGAGGGCCAGGACGCCAAGCAGGACACGGCCACCGGCGGCUGGGUCUACCUUAGGGACGGGACUUUCCUCGACGACAUCCUGCGCGAGGAGACGGGCGUCAGCUUCGACGGCCUGGGCGCGUAG